AUGGAGGAGGAGGAGGUCAGAGUGUAUGGAGGAGGAAGAGGUCAGAGUGUAUGGAGGAGGAGGAGGUCAGAGUGUAUGGAGGAGGAGGUCAGAGUGUAUGGAGGAGGAGGUCAGAGUGUGUGGAGGAGGAGGUCAGAGUGUAUGGAGGAGGAGGUCAGAGUGUGUGGAGGAGGAGGUCAGAGUGUAUGGAGGAGGAGGAGGUCAGAGUGUAUGGAGGAGGAAGAGGUCAGAGUGUAUGGAGGAGGAGGAGGUCAGAGUGUAUGGAGGAGGAGGUCAGAGUGUAUGGAGGAGGAGGUCAGAGUGUGUGGAGGAGGAGGUCAGAGUGUAUGGAGGAGGAGGAGGUCAGAGUGUGUGGAGGAGGAGGUCAGAGUGUGUGGAGGAGGAGGUCAGAGUGUGUGGAGGAGGAUGAGGUCAGAGUGUAUGGAGGAGGAGGAGGAGGUCAGAGUGUGUGGAGGAGGAGGUCAGAGUGUAUGGAGGAGGAGGUUAGAGUGA